AGAUUCACAUUUCGUGACGCAUUUUCUAAAAAAACACAUUAUUAAUUUUUUAUCAAUUUUGUAUUUUAUGAAAUAUUUCAACACUUUCUAUUAAGUAUGUCGAUUCAGUACAAGAAGAAAAUCAACAAGUGCAAAAUGCCAAAGGAAUUCAAGGAGCAGGUAAUCAAGACAGUAACUAGGAUUGAAGAGAGUCACAACGUUGUUGGAGUUCUGUAUCUGUCAAAAGACGCAGUCCAAAUGUACACAUUGCCAGAAACGGUCGCGCAGGUCCUAUGCAGAAACCUGCCACCGCUCAACGCGAGUAUGCAACGAGCCGUUACUGAAAUCAUGGUGGGACGAGCACUACUGCUUGAUACCACAAAGCUCGUAUUUUGUUUACCGAAUUCACCCGAACGUUCCCGAACUUUGCCAAUGACAUUAACAACCAACAGGAUAUCGAAGACACGUUGGUCGCGUAUAGAAUCGAAACGAAAACAUCAGAAGUUUUAGUGGCAUCAGAUCUUGAUUUCACGGCGUGCGUCGUCCACAGGAUCAAGAGGAAACAUAAAAAGAAUUUGAUCUAAUAACAAGAUUCUUUUGUUUGAAUCGAGAUGAAGAUAGUCAGGGCUAUGUUACAUGAAGAUGGAGACGAAUGGCUCGUUAAUUUAUCAGCAAAAAUAAAUAAUAUCAACCCGGUAAUAGACAGAAUAAUGGAAGACGAAUCUGUUGAGGGCGUUAUCAUGACGAAUAAAGACGGAUGUCCGAUAAUGACAAAUGUGAAUGCAGCCGGUGCCACGAACUACGCCUUGGCUCUGCACAGAUUCGGUGUUAUGGUACAAACUUGCGUCAAGGAAAUGGAUCCUUUCGACGCAGUACUAGUAAUGCGUUUGCAUACGAAAAAGAAAGAAAUCAUGGUGGUCCCGGAUCCGUCCUUCAACAUAAUCGUGUUACAGCAAGCGAGACAAAAGAUCAAGAAAAAUUCUGAAAAGCAAUUCAUUUCAUGAUGUUUAAACAUUCACGAGUGUUAUAAAUACUAUUUUUUUUGUUGUACAACAUAAAAUUUAGGUAACUUCUUUAUUUUCUAAAUAAAAAUACCUAUUACCUAUUGA